AUGCCCCCCACCCUCCUGCUGCUGCUCUGCGGGUCCCUGACUCUGAUGGAGACCUGGGCAGGCUCCCACUCCUUGAGGUAUUUCUCCACUGCGAUGUCCCCGCAUGGCCCCGGGGAGCCCCGCUUCAUCACGGUGGGCUACCUGGAUGACACGCAGUUCGGGUGGUUCGACAGCGACUCUCCGGGUCAGAGCGCAGAGCCGCGGGGGCCCUGGGUGGAGCAGGUCAGGCAGGAGGAUGUGGAGGAGGAGACCAGGAAGCAGAGGAACGAGGCUCAGUUGUUCAAAGCGCUGCUGCAGGACCUGCAGGGCCUCUACAAGCAGAGCAACAAUAGGUCUCACACCCUGCAGAGGAUGUGUGGCUGCGAGGUGGGGCCAGACGGGAGCCUCCUCCGUGGGUAUGAGCAGUUAGCCUAUGACGGCGCCGAUUACAUCGCCCUGAACCCGGACCUGCGCUCCUGGACCCCCGCGCACCCGGUGGCCCAGAUCACCCAGCGCCAGUGGGAGGCGUCGGGGAGGGCAGAGCGCGUCGGGACCAUUCUGCAGGGCAGGUGCCCUAUGUGGCUCCGCAGACUCAUGGAGCUGGGGAAGGAGGUGCUGCAGCGCUCAGGCAGCGAUAGUGCCCAGGACCCUGAUGUUCCUUUCAGCCCCUAA